GUCUAUCGAUCAAUCAAACUUCACAACAGAUUUAGAAAAACUACUAAAAACCAUGCCCAUAAUUCUGAAAGAUUUUACCUGGAAACAGUUAAAAGAAAAAAUCACCAUCCAAGUACCACUACAUGGAGUACCUCUCAAUAGAGUCGACAUAUUUAUCUCACCCCAAUAUAUCAAAGCAACAUUCGAAUCGUAUUUUUUCGAAGUGAUCUUACUCAAUGCUGUGGAUAUUGCGCAAAGUAUUUGCACCAAAACUCCUCAGUUUAUUGUAUUUGAAUUGAAGAAGUUGACCGACGAGUUUUGGGAUUCUUUAGAAGAUGGAAAUUUGACAAAGGUUGAAAAAAACACUUUAAAAAAGAAGCUUCUCGAAGAGGAACAUGAAAGAAUCAAGAAACAAUUUGAAGACAAAAUAAUAAAAAAAGCGGAAUUAAAAAGAGUUGCUAUUAAUGAACAAAUCCAAUUGGACACAAAAACUAGAUCUCAAAUAGAAAAUGUUAAAAAGUUUGAAGAGAAAAAAGCUAUUGGAGAUAUUAAUAAAUGGAACAAUACAAUUGAAUCACGUCGUAAAUCAGAAACAUCAAAGAUUAUUAAAAUAUCUAACAACAAUAAGAAAAUUGUUGCAAAGCCAAAACCCAAGCACGAAAUACCAAAACCACGUAGCACUAAAGCCCUACAAAUCCUUUUUACUCCCAGAGAAUUUCCUACGCCUUCCAGAGAAUCAAAAUUAGAAGAAGAAAAUGUGUAUUUGGCCAGACAAGCGGCCGCAAGAAGAUCUGCUGGUUUCGUAAGUGAAGAUUUAAGACCCGAAGAGAAAAACCCGCAAUAUUUGCUAGCCAAAGGCAGAGAGUUUUUGAAAAACAAGAAUUAUUUGGGAGCAAUUAGCGCGUUUAGUUUUGGUAUAAAGUUAAGCCCCGAAUUUGUGGAUUUGUAUAUUGUAAGAUCCGAAGCCCAUUUGGCAAUUGGAAAUUUUAGCCGAGUUACAGACGAUUGCUCAGAAGCCUUGAAGCUUUUAAGGCCAGCUUUGCCAGUGAAUCUUCAAGAAAGGGCACUUUGUAUUGGUCGUAGAGGUAUAGGACUCUUCAAUUUGGGUUUCUUUAAACAGGGUAUUGAUGAGUUAGAGGCUAGCGUAAAACUUUGUCGAUCAGAUGAAUUUGAGAGUGCUUUGAGUGAAUACAAGUUGAAAUUUGAAGAAAUUAAGUUGAAGAAGGCAGAAGAGAAAAAGGAUUGUUGUAAAGAUACAAAUGAGCUUACAUAAUAAGUUUUCAGAGAAGUUGGAACAAACCAAUCAAUGGUUAUUGAAUUUUAUUGAAUUAGAUUAGAUUUAGGAAUUAAGUAUUUUCCUAUUUCACAAAGCUGAGUGUCAGUUUCUUCAUCAAACUGUUAAUAAAAAUAAUUACAACUUUGAUAUUUUUCUAUUUUUAUUAAUUUUUAGCAAAUACUUAUGCAUCUAUAACACAAACACUUAAAAAAACAACAAAGGAACAUAGAAUUUAAUGACUAAAAACUUAAAAGAUACCCGUAUAUCUAAAAUAAAUAUUUUUUGGAGCUGUUUCUAUUCUUUCU